AUGCCAAACCGUACCAGCGCGCCGUCUCGUCCCGCCCCGCCGCCGGCAAUGAGGGCGGGCGACCGCGUGAGCAUCGUGGCGCCCGCCGGGGCCGUGGACGCGCGACUGCUGCGACAAGGCUGCGACGUGCUGGCGUCGUGCACAGGGCCUCCCCUUUCCAUCGUUCUGCCCUCCCCUCCCCCUCGUUCUGCCCUCCCCUCCCCCUCGUUCUGCCCUCCCCUCCCCCUCGUUCUGCCCUCCCCUCCCCCUCGUUCUGCCCUCCCCGCUCUUCUUGAGCUCGGCAGGGGGCUCGUGCCGGUCGUGCAUCCGCAAGUCGCACUGCGCCAAGCCUACCUCGCAGGCUCGGACCAAGCCAGAGCCGCAGGUCUGGUGGAGGCGUUUCUGGACCCCUCCACGCGCGCAGUGGUGUGCGCCCGGGGCGGGUAUGGCUGUGCGCGCCUGCUGCCCCUGCUGGAGCGCGCGCUUAGGGGGGAGGGGCAGGGGGAGGGGGGAGGGGAGGCGGAGGGGAAGGGGGAACGAGAAUGGGAGUGCGGAGGCUGGGAGUGCGGGGAGAGGGAGGCGGAAUUGGAGAGAGGCGCGGAGGCAGUGUUGGGGGAAGGAGGAGCAGCGAUUGAGGGCAGGACGGAUGAGGACAGGGGGCAUCACGCCAAGGGAAAUGAGCGGGUGGAGUGUGGGGGCACUGGGGGUGAGGGCAAGGGGGAUCAAGGAAAGGCGAAUGAGGGCGAGGGUGAGGCAGGCGGAUGGGCGCAGAGGGUUGAUGGGUGGGCGGAGUGUGUGGCGGAGGAGGGGGGUAGUAGGGGGACGGUGAUGGGGGGAGGAGAGGAUGGAGGGGAGGGGCGUGCAGAGGUACGGGAGGGCGUGGGGACAGCGAGUGAAAGGGCAGCAGGAGGCGAUGGUGGGUGCAGAGGUGCAGAUAGAUCAACUGGUUGCAGUGCUGAUGUGGCACGAUGCUCUACUGCUGACGUGGCGCAAGGCAGCAGCAGGCGCUCGUGUCUUGCUACACAGAUCCGCCGCAAGCGAUUCUUCGGCUUCAGUGAUGUCACGGCGCUGCACAGUUUCUUCCAGGCGGAGCUAGCAGAGCCAAUCAUCUCCUUCCACGCGCCCAUGCCAGCCACAUCAUUCUUCACCGACCAAUCAGCAACCGCCAGCAGAGCAGCCCUCCGUGCCGCCCUCUUCGAACCCUCGCUCACUCUCGCCUGCCCCCCGCUUCAGGUGAUGGUCAGGUGCCCUCUAGGGGCUGCUACUGAGGCGCCUAAUGGAGCAAUGUUCCCCUCCCCUUUGCUCCCCUUCGCCCCUCAAUAUCCUCCGUCCCCACCCCGCCUCUCUUCCCCACGCCUUCCCCCCUCCGCCUUCCCCUCCCCGCCUUCCCCUCUCCGCCUUUCCCCCUCCGCCUUCCCCUCUCCGCCUUCCCUUCUCCGCCUUUCCCUCUCCGCCUUCCCCUCUCCACCUUUCCCCCUCCGCCUUCCCCUCUCCGUCUUCCCCUCUCCGCCUUUCCCCCUCCGCCUUCCCCUCUCCGCCUCCCCUCUCCGCCUUUCCCCCUCCGCCUUCCCCUCUCCACCUUCCCCUCUCCGCCUUCCCCCUCCUCCUUCCCCCUCUCCGCCUUUCCCCUCCACCUUCCCCCUCCGCCUUCCCCUCUCCGCCUCCCCCCUCCGCCUUCCCCUUCCGCCUUUCCCCCUCCGCCUUCCCCUCUCCACCUUCCCCUCUCCGCCUUCCCCCUCCACCUUUCCCCCUCCGCCUUCCCCUCUCCGCCUUCCCCCUCCGCCUUCCCCCUCCGCCUUUCGCCCUCCGCCUUCCCCUCUCCACCUUCCCCCUCCGCCUUCCCCCUCCGCCUUUCCCCCUCCGCCUUCCCCUCUCUGCCUUCCCCUCUCCACCUUCCCCCUCCGCCUUCCCCUCUCCGCCUUCCCCCUCCGCCUUCCCCCCUCCACCUUCCCCCUCCGCCUUCCCCUCUCCGCCUCCCCCCUCCGCCUUCCCCUUCCGCCUUUCCCCCUCCGCCUUCCCCUCUCCACCUUCCCCUCUCCGCCUUCCCCCUCCACCUUUCCCCCUCCGCCUUCCCCUCUCCGCCUUCCCCCUCCGCCUUCCCCUCUCCGCCUUCCCCUCUCCGCCUUCCCCCUCCGCCUUCCCCCUCCGCCUUUCCCCCUCCGCCUUCCCCUCUCCGCCUUCCCCCUCCGCCUUCCCCUCUCCACCUUCCCCCUCCGCCUUCCCCUCUCCACCUUCCCCCUCCACCUUCCCCUCUCCACCUUCCCCCUCCGCCUUCCCCUCUCCGCCUUCCCCUCUCCGCCUUCCCCCUCCGCCUUCCCCCUCCGCCUUUCCCCCUCCGCCUUCCCCUCUCCGCCUUCCCCCUCCGCCUUCCCCUCUCCACCUUCCCCCUCCGCCUUCCCCUCUCCACCUUCCCCCUCCACCUUCCCCUCUCCACCUUCCCCCCAUCCAUCGCAGGGCCGCUGCCUCCAGAGGGGCUGGCUGGCCAAUCCCUCCUCUUGCUGCCGCCCAAACCGAGUGCAAGGGCGGCUGCUGGGCGGCAAUCUGUCUGUUCUGGCGUCGCUGGUGGGGUCCAAAUGGGUAGCGGGGCGGCGAGACACGUGCCGUUGCUGCUGCAGCAGCGGUGGUGGGGGUGCGGAGGACAGUGAUGGCGCGGGGGGCAGUGAUGGUUUGAUUCUGAUGCUGGAAGAUGUCGAGGCGUGUGUGGUGAGAGUCGAGGCGUGUGUGGUGAGAGUCGAGGCGUGUGUGGUGAGAGUCGAGGCGUGUGUGGUGAGAGUCGAGGCGUGUGUGGUGAGAGUCGAGGCGUGUGUGGUGAGAGUCGAGGCGUGUGUGGUGAGAGUCGAGGCGUGUGUGGUGAGAGUCGAGGCGUGUGUGGUGAGAGUCGAGGCGUGUGUGGUGAGAGUCGAGGCGUGUGUGGUGAGAGUCGAGGCGUGUGUGGUGAGAGUCGAGGCGUGUGUGGUGAGAGUCGAGGCGUGUGUGGUGAGAGUCGAGGCGUGUGUGGUGAGAGUCGAGGCGUGUGUGGUGAGAGUCGAGGCGUGUGUGGUGAGAGUCGAGGCGUGUGUGGUGAGAGUCGAGGCGUGUGUGGUGAGAGUCGAGGCGUGUGUGCCUAGCCACUGCCAUGCCUCCGUAGUCCCAGUCACAUUCCUCAAAUCUUCCCAUCCCGCCUCCUCAUUCUCCCUGCUGCCCGUGCUGCCUGUGCCAUGUGGCAGUGGGGGAGGAGGAGUACCGGGGGGAUCGCAUGCUGCACCAGACCAGCUGCUGUGCAACCUUGAACCACCCUCCCCGCUCAUCAAGCGCCUUUCUCGUCUCUUCCCAUCUCCGUGUCUCUGUGCUGCCCAUGCCAUGUGGCAGUGGGGGAGGAAGAGUACCGGGUAUGCACGGGGUGUAUCGGGUGCACGGGGUGUAUCGGGUGCAUGGGAUGCUUUUGAGUCCAAGGCAUGGGCCGCUGUGGCAGCUGCUCUUGACGCGCCCCACAGUACUGCCUGCACCCUUCCCUCUGCACCACUGCCCUGCUUGGACAGUCAUUCAUUCCAAAUGUUCCUUCUGUCAUCCACAGCCGUUCAUCUUACCUCUCACUCCCCAUUCCAUCCACCGCACACAGAGAGUGUUCGACCAAUCGUGGAGGAGCAGUACGGAGGCGACUGGGACAAGUGGUUCUGGCUGGGACAGGUGUCGCUCCCUCAUUGGCUGCCGGUGCUGGCGGGGCUUCCCAUUGGCCACACGAGUGACAACAGAGUGGCUCCUAUUGGUGCUCUCGUGGAGCUUGAUGUUGAAACCGCAACGCUCACUGCACUGUGA